GUUAACCAAUCAGGAGGCUGAUGCCGCGGCAGUGGUGUCCGUCCCUCCACCGCCUGUCUGAAGGAAGUGGACUCUGUCAACUACAAGAUGAGUUUCCACUACGGUCAGGGCUAUCUCGGAGGAGGCAACCCUCCGCCUAGUGCUCCAUACGGCGGAGGUCGGGGUCCCUAUGGACAUCCUCCUUCAGCUCCUUAUGGAGGUGCUGCAGGUCCAACAGCAGGCCAUUACGGUGGUUAUGCAGCCCAGGCUCAUGCAGCCCAGGCUCAUGCAGCCCAGGCUCAUGGUGGCCAAUACGGACCUGGAGUUGGCGCUGCACCUGCUGUACAUUACGGGGGCUAUGGGGGACAACCUCAUGGAGGAUUUCACGGACACCAUCCUUCUGCAGGUGCCAUUCCCCCUGGCGUUAACCAAGAGGCGUACCAGUGGUUCCAGAGCGUCGACACCGACCGCAGCGGCUUCAUCACCCCAAAGGAGCUGAAACAGGCACUCGUCAACUCCAACUGGUCUGCUUUUAACGACGAAACUUGUCUCAUGAUGAUCAACAUGUUUGACAAGACACGAACAGGUCGGAUAGACUUGUUUGGGUUCUCUGCGCUGUGGGAGUUCAUGCAGCAGUGGAGAGUGUUGUUUCAGCAGUACGACAGAGACCGCUCAGGAUCCAUCAGUGGCAUGGAGCUGCAUCAAGCCCUGGCUCAGAUGGGCUACAACCUCAGCCCCCAGUUUUCGGAGACGCUCGUGCAGCGCUUCUCCCUGCGAGGCGGGCGCCCCGGCAUACAGCUGGACCGCUUCAUCCAGGUGUGCACCCAGCUCCAGACCAUGACGCAGGUGUUCAGGGAGAGAGACACCAGCAUGACGGGCAACAUCCGCGUGAGCUAUGAGGACUUUCUCUCAGGUGCCAUCACAAGGCUCAUGUGAUCCGCCCUCCAUUGACUGUCCUUCUGCACCGUGGAUGCGCAGUAUCAUUCCAUGUUCAGGUCCUAGUUUGCUCAGCCUUCAGUGCUUUGCCAUAAGUGCCCUCACAUGCUGCUCCCUAUAUCAUAUAACAGCAGCCAGUACACGACUCAAAAAGCUUAUUGUUAUAAGUAAACAGAGCUUUACACCAUGCACACGAAUGAGAGCCAGUGAAUAUUUCCAAGGCAGUUAAACCUUUCACCGCAUGGCUUAAAUUUGACCAGGAACUUAACAGCACGCAGCAUGUGACUGCAGUUUUUCUUAUCUGAAUGACCAUAUGUAUCCCCUCUGAACACUCCCAGUUUAACCAGAGAUGCCUUGGUAGCUGUGGUAGUUAACAAGCUGCUUGUUUAUUUGUACUAGCACUCGAUUUCAUGAGCAGUUAAACUGAGGUUGUUAAAUUUGAAAUGGAGUCUAUAAUCAGUUAAUAAAAUGUAUCAGUUAGGGCUGAAUCAGUGUAAUGCCUUCAGUAACAAUCAAAGUGACCAAAAAGGCGUCAUGACUGUGGGGAAUGUGAAGCUGAUGUCACACUCGAUUGAAUUAUAGAAAAUUAUUUAAAAUAAAUCAGCUUUAUAGUGAGUUCAGGAUUAUGGCAAAUGUUUAUUAACAGGAUAGCAACUAAUAUUACCCACUGCAGCAUUGCAUAAUAAGAUACUGAUGAAUUCAGAUGAAAAUGUAGGGUGUAGUCUAUUAAAUGAGCCACAAAAAAAGGUCAGAUUUUGUAGUCAGCUUUCAGCAUUAUUAAUUAGCAGCUUUUACAUAUCAUGGAUGCAGAACUGUUCAUGAGCAUCUUUGUAGUUGUAACUUUCAAACUUAUAUGCAGGCGUUUAUGCAGUCUAAAACAUGAGGCUUCAGGGUGGGUGAUCAAGUCCAGCUGAUGGAUCUAUGGUAGGCUCUUAUUCCUUGCUAGUGCAAUUAGAUUUCUAUUUCAAAGGUCACAUUUUUCAUUUACAUCUCUCCCCCUAUCUGUUAAAUGAUCAAUUUUUUACCAAGAUCUCAGCUAAAAUCAGCCAGACCUCAUGAGGCAAAAACAUUGGCGAGUGCAGUUAACCAGAGACUGAUGCAGCUUCACAUUCAUCUCAGUUUAAUUUGCUUGCAUGCUCAAAGAGCCAAUCCCUGUGCCAUUAAGACUAUUCAAUCUUUUAAACAAAAAUUACAGAAUGUAUUUCCAUGCUGUGGUUGCAUGUAUCAUUGCUUUGUAGUUCAGUUUAGAGUAUGAACUAAAACUUGGAAUUACAUCAUUUUGUAAAAAUAUAAACGCAUUGUUUUUUUUUCCCAUUUGUUUACAAAGAAUUGUACAUUUUGUCAAAUGCAAACUUGUAAAGUUCUGUGAAAAAAAGCUCCUGAAUGAAAUAACACCUCAUGUCUUUUUUUUUUCCGUCCGGUUCCUAAAUGGUCUGAUUUAAUAGAAAAUGCACUCUGCCGCGGUAUUUAUACCGCAGCAUUAUAAAUGUGCCAAAUCAUUUGUAAUUCAAUAAUGCCAAUAAAGUGUUUGUUUGUUUGUA